AUGUUCCAGGACAUUCCCCUUGACUCGUCUGAGGACGAUGCUGACUGCGACUGGGACAUCAUAGAUCCCCAGUAUGACAUCCCUCAGCCUCCAGAGGAGGCCCACCAGUCCAGCUACAGCGCACCAGCGACUUCUGCCCCGGAAAGCGACGAGGACGACGAAGCGCAAGAGCAGCUGGCACCGCGCCGGAAGCCCGGUGGCUACGACAGCCGCAUUGAGCAGAUCCUCUACGAGAACCCAGAGCUUCCCAUCCUGAUCACAGAUGCUGGCAAGAGCUUGGAGAGUGGGGGAAGAUACAUUGUUUACACCAUCAGGACAGGAGAUCUCGAGGUUCGCAGACGUUAUUCCGAGUUCGCUUCGCUUCGCGAGGCGCUCAUACGACUUCAUCCCACCAUUAUCAUCCCUCCGAUCCCAGAGAAACACACCAUGGCAGACUAUGCGGCCAACCCGACGAACGCGAAGCAGGACCAGCAGAUUAUCGACCUGCGGAAGCGCAUGCUGGCAGUGUUUCUGAAUCGCUGUCGGAGAAACCAGCAAAUUCGGACGGACGGGGUGUGGUGGCGUUUCUUGGAUCCGAAUGCGAGCUGGAACGAGGUUCUGCAUUCUCACCCGAUCGCUUCCAUACCGAAGUCUAUUUUCAAAGCCCCCCCACUGGACCCUGCAAACCCAACACCUGCUCACAGCUACCUUCCCAUCCCGACAUCUUCCAACAAGCUCAAGUCGCAACAGACCAUUGGGCCCGGCGUGGAUGGAGCUUUCGGAACUGGCAACAACGCAGGGCUGUCCCGGUUUCCGCCUGAAAAUGCAAACCUGAGCGAGCAGGAGCUGGACCCUUAUUUCACAUCUUUUGAGUCUUCUAUUAAAGAGCUCGAGCAGCUCCUGACUGGGCCCAUGGAGAAGGUCAACCGGCGGACGCUCAGCCACUAUUCCUUGCUGGCGACUGAUCUGUCUGAGCUUGGUGCGAAAUACAACGCGUUUGCGUUAUCUGAGCAGGACCCCACACUCGGCCCCGUCAUAGAGCGGAUCGGACAAGCCGCAGACAUGUCAUACGUUGCCACAGAGGAGCUUUCAACCUCGUUGGGUGCCAGCUUCGCGGAGCCCAUGAGGGAGAACGCGCAAUUUGCCGGAGUCGUGAGAAGCGUCCUGCGGUAUCGGAUCAUGAAACGAAUACAACAGGAGGUCACCAACGAUGAGCUCAACAAGAAAAGGCUGCUGCUGGACCAGCUUGAAAGGAGCGAGGCAGAAGCCCGCAGGAUUGACCAGUAUCUGAGCGGAAGCCAACAGAUCCAGCCCCGAAGGUCUACAAGCGUGCAAGAAUCUUCGAAUCGCCAUCCAACCCCGGGCCAUAAGAAGGCUGCGAGUGGCAACUCGAUCACCAACAAGAUCUUUGGCCCUUUACGCCACGCGGUGCAAGGGGUUGUCGAUGUCGACCCCGAGAAGACUCGACGAGACACCAUAGGCAGGACUCGAGAAUCGAUUGCGCAGCUCGAGCAGGCACAGGUUGCUGUUGCCAAGGACGUCAAAGAUGCAAGUGCCAGCGUUCUCAAAGACAUGAAGCGGUUCCAGAAGGAGAAAGAAGAUGACCUGAGGCGCUACAUGCUCGCAUAUGCCAAAAGCCAGAUCGAAUGGGCUAAGAAGAACAAGGAGACAUGGGAAGAGGCGAGGGCCGAGGUCGAUAAGAUCGAUGAGUCUUAG